GAUACGGUGACAACAUCGUCUCCUGCAAAUGCGCAGGUUGCAGGCGUGGAUCACUACGAUUGCCUCGAUAUAUUGAUAAAUACUGUGACAACGGCUAUACUAAUGUUGAUGGAGAAGAGUGGAUGAGUACAAAUCGUGCUAUUGUUAUUGCUACGUGGAUUACCGAUACAUUCGGUGUACUGCUAGACUACGGUGGCAGCAGUGCUCGCUGUUCUAUGGAUCGCGUAAGGAGUGUAUUGCAGCAGUACGGAGGUAGUGUGAGAAAGAGAGAAAGUGGAUUAAUGAACAUCUGAAAACUGAAUAACCACGGUAGCGGUAGCGCCGCUGCUAUAGCUUGAGUAGGGAGUGCGUUGCAGCAGCACGGAGGUAGAGACAGAGAAAACAAGAGAGAGAAAGUGGAUUACUGCUCAUCUGAUAUACUGAUAAAUGCGAUGUCAGUAGCAAACGCCUCUAUAGUCUAGGUAGGGAGUGUGGAUUACUGAACAUCUGAGACCGUGAUAAGUGUGUGAGUGUGAGUGAGUGCGAGCAGCAGCACAUGGCGACAUGAUGACAUUGUUGAGCUCCGUGACAGGAGCCCUCGGAGCCACCGUAGAUAGGCUCUUCUUCUCCACGGACGGUUGUUAUGACGCCCUGAAGAACCUCAAGAAGAAGGUAGAGAAUGUAAAGCUCGUGGAUAGACUAGGAGCUCGAAAGCCCUCGGCAGGCACCUUAUACAUCACCACCACGCACCUGAUCUUUGUCGAUGCAGACAGAGCGCACGAGACAUGGAUUCUCCACAUGCACAUAGAGUCUCUGGAGCGAUUGCAGAUGACAACGAUAGGUUCUCCUCUUUACAUACAGUGCAAGACCUUCCAGUGUGUCACCCUGAUCGUACCGCGGGAGCGAGAUUGCCAGGACGUCUACAUGACCCUGCAGGAGUUAUCGAGGCCCAUGAACCUGGAUGAGCUUCACGCGUUCUACUACAGUCCCUCCGCGGAUACGCUCGUUCAGGGCACCGGCUGGACGCUGUACGAUGCGGAGAGGGAGUACGAACGCAUGCAGGCCAUCUCUAGCGGUGGCUGGUGCACCAGCAACAUCAACGCCACCUACGAACUCUGUGAUACAUAUCCGAAGUGCAUUGUUGUUCCCCGUGGGGCUACCACUCCCAUGCUGGUGGCGAGCUCUAUGUUCCGCAGUAGAGGGCGUCUGCCCGUACUCUGCUACUAUCACAAGGAGACGCAGGCUACGAUCACACGCUGCAGUCAGCCUCUCUCUGGCUUCAGCGCUCGCUGUCAGGAGGAUGAACAAUUGUUGAAUCUCAUACGGCAGCAAAACCCUACCUCCGCCUUCCUAUACGUGGUUGACACUCGCCCAAAGAUCAACGCGCUGGCCAAUAAGGUGGCGGGGAAGGGCUACGAGAACGAGAGCUUCUAUUCCGACAUCAAGUUCGUCUUCCUGGGAAUCGGCAACCUGCACGUGAUGAGAAGCAGCCUUCGCAAGCUGGUCGAGGGUGAGCUCUAUACGUGGUCAUCACUUGCAAUAUUGGUGGAGAAGGAAUGGUUGUCGUUCGGGCACAAGUUCACAGAUCGCUGUGGACACCUCCAGAGUGACCAGAAAGAGAAAUCUCCUAUAUUCACACAAUUUAUAGAUGCUACUUGGCAGGUGCUACAGCAAUUCCCGUGUGCAUUUCAAUUCAACGACAAGUUUCUGCUGGCCUUGCACGACCACGCCUACUCCUGCCAGUUUGGUACAUUCAUCGGUAACUGCGAGAAGGACAGAGUCGAUCUCAGGUUGUCUGACAGGACUUAUUCGCUGUGGGGAUAUCUCCUGCACAACCUCGGGGAGUUUGUGAACCCGCUGUACAGGAGAGAGGACAGCCAGAUGGGCGUGCUAAAACCCAAUACGAGUCCACAGAAUGUCAGGUUUUGGAAGGGUAUGUACAUGCGCUUUGAGAGUUGGAUCCAUCCCAAAGAGUCGGCUAUGGAUAGUCUGUGUGUGCUGAAGGACCAGAGCUGUUCCCUAGAGGAUCAUCUCAAACUUGUAUCAAAGAGAAUAUCGUCUAUGAAGGUGCUGGUGGGAAAGAACACUGAGCAGACGGCGACGACCUUACCAAGGUCAUGCAUGACAGACAGCGCCAUCUCAUCCGUGUCUGGUCUCUCUGAUGACACCGUCUCCACUGACGUCGCCACCACCCCCACGUGUAUCCUCACGCCCCUCCUGCCAGGAGCGACGCGCGAGGGCGCCACCGUCAGCGAGUGCGAGUCCGGCGUCGAUGUCGGUUGCCUCCAGGUGUCGCUGAGCACGGUCGAGUCGUGUGGCGGGUGCGCAGAGGGCAGCGGGAGCGCGGAAGCGAUUCUCGCCGAGUUGGAAUCCGUGUCGGUGGAGUGGCGGAGUCUGCGCAAAGCACGCACAUGCCCCUGCGCAGCGCAUUUUGAGCAUUUCACGCGCAAGUACCACUGCUGGCGGUGCGGACGCAUAUACUGCAGUCGCUGCAUCGACAAGCGGCUCCACCUGCUGGGCCACUUCUCCAACCGCGCCGUGCCCGUCUGCCGGAACUGCUACAAGCAGGCGCAGAGCACGUUGUAGGUGGCGCCACUGCUCGGGUAACAGUGAGUGAGAAAAUAACAGGCUGGAUUCAAUGCAAAGUCCGAUCGAAAGGAAUCGUGGACAAAUGCUGAGACCUGUUGACAUCUGUAUUCACAUAUUGGAAGUAAAUGUCUUCGUUAUCAAUAAAUGGUGACCAGCUUGUUAAAUGCAAAGUUUCGCGCACGAUCUGUAAUGGCGAAUUGUGCUUUUUAACUCAGUGGGUGUGUGUAAAACGUCCAGUAGCCUACAUGCUAGUCUAAAAACGUAUAUAGAUGGAAUCAGUGGUGCUUCAAUUCUGCAACACAAAAUAAUUUAUAUUAAUUCUUAUUACAUUUGUGCUUCGAUCUGUUCUACCGAUGAAGGUAUUUUCUUACUGCUAAAUGUCGGUAUUGUAUUUGCUAUACUGAUAUUCCAUUUGAAAGUUAUAACUCAUGCUACUA